ACAGUUGAUCUAUAACUAUCCAGAGCAGCUGUUUGCUCAGGCUGGCGUUAUGGCCAUCGAGCACGCUGACUUCGCUGGCGUCGAGCGCCUCGCUCUGGUCACUGGAGGAGAGAUCACCUCCACCUUCGACCAUCCUGAGCUGGUGAAACUCGGUCACUGCAAACUGAUCGAGGAGGUGAUGAUCGGAGAGGACUUGCUCAUCCACUUCUCUGGAGUCGACAUGGGUGAGGCGUGCACCAUCGUCCUGCGAGGAGCGACUCAGCAGAUUCUGGAUGAGGCGGAGCGCUCGCUGCACGACGCUCUGUGUGUGUUAUCUCAGACUGUGAAGGAGCCACGCACCGUCUGCGGAGGAGGCUGCUCCGAGAUGCUGAUGGCCAAGGUGGUGACCGAUCUGGCCAAUAGGACGCCAGGAAAGGAGGCAGUUGCCAUGGAGUCGUUCGCCAAGGCUCUGAGGAUGCUGCCGACCAUCAUCGCCGACAAUGCCGGCUACGACAGCGCCGACCUGGUGGCUCAACUGAGAGCCGCACACCAGGAGAACAAGACCACCUACGGACUGAACAUGUCUGAUGGGACAGUGGGCAACAUGACCGAGCUGGGCAUCACAGAGUCCUUCCAGGUGAAGCGUCAGGUGCUGCUGAGCGCCUCUGAAGCUGCUGAGAUGAUCCUGAGAGUGGACAACAUCAUCAAAGCUGCACCAAGGAAGAGAGUUCCCGACCAUCACCCCUGCUAGAGGAAGAGGAGGAUGAAGACGAACGGGGAGGGAUCAGUUUUGUUAUUUAUCACCUGUGUAGUUCAAAUUUAAAGAAACGCUCCGCUGUCCACCGUCUGUCAACCUAUCCCUGUGGAAGCACUGCACAGGCUAGCUGGCUAAUGCUAGCUAACCAUCAGACACCGCUAACUUCAGUGCUAACGCUAGCAAGAAACAAGCUAAUCAUAUAUAUAUCUAUAUAUAGAUAUAGACAUAGAUAUAGAUAUAUAGCUGGUGUCAACAGAAGUGUGAAGCUAACAUUAGCGGAGGUCACAGCUCUCGCUGGAAGCUGGUUACGCUAACGUUAGCCCGUUUGUGCCGCUCAGAAUGCAAGUUUGGACGUUGUUUGUUUUGUUUACUGAAAUAAAUGAACCAAUCCUCAUCAGAA